AUGGCAGACACCCUUCCCAAGAUUAAGGUGACAGACCCGUCCGUCGCUGGCAGAGGCGCUUUUCAGAUCCAGGAGAAUGGAUCGUCAACAACAGUAGAUGGUAUGCCGUACAUCACACCUAUUGCUUUGUCUCGUCAUACCGAAAACCCCCAGGUGCUUACUCCAGGGUUCAUAGGCCCGUUAUCCAACAAGAAGCUCGUCGCAAAGCUUCGAAGCCCCACCUCACCUUCCGCGCAACCGACCGCCGAUUCGCAAAACGGAUACGUUGGCGAUGGGACAGGACUGUUCGAAACGCCUAUAGACCCGCUCUCGCAACAAAUCCUCCAGAGAACGAAUACGUCGCCGGCUGUACAGAAGCUACGAUCGCAAAACACCGAGCCCCUAUCGAGCCAAUCGCCGACUUCGCCAAACGAUGUAAAUGCGGAUAAGAAACUAAGCGGAGAGACGCCGCGCGAUGCAAGCGGGGGCAAGGCAGACAAAAAGAAGGUUUCAUUUCUUAGUCGCUUCAUCGGAGGCAACAAAAAGAAGAGCAGUACCCUCGAUGGCGCAAGCGAGAAUGGCUCUGAGGCAGAUGAUCUUCGAUUGGAGGGUAUGGACGCCCAGCUUUACGUCGACAAUUUCAGCUUCAGUCCGAAGAUACCUCAUCCACCAGCAUACAUAAAAGUGAGAACGAAGUUCAAGAAGGAGAAGGAAUUCGAUCGUGUUUUCCUGGCGCAGGAAUUACGUUCUGGGUCGGAUAAGAAGAGUCCGCCUGCGGCUGGAUCAAACCCUGCACCUCAAUCUGGGUCGGCAGCUACACAGAACCCUAUCUGGGCGGUCGAGUUCAGCAAGGAUGGGAGGUAUCUUGCUGUCGGUGGGCAAGACAGGGUUAUCAGGGUGUGGGCGGUGAUCGAGAGCUCAGAAGGACGCCGCGCGCAUGAGAACGCUGAUAAUGGAGAGGCAAAGUACCUGAGCGCACCAGUCUUCCAUCAGAAACCCAUUCGCGAGUACCAGGGACAUACUUCAACUAUCUUAGAUUUGAGCUGGAGCAAGAACAAUUUCUUGCUAUCCUCGUCCAUGGACAAGACGGUCCGUCUAUGGCACGUAAGCCGAGAUGAAAAUCUAUGCACAUUCAAGCAUUCCGAUUUUGUUCCUUCUAUACAAUUCCACCCUACCGAUGACCGAUUCUUCCUCGCAGGAUCCCUUGACGCAAAGUUGCGACUAUGGAGCAUUCCGGAUAAGAGCGUGGCUUUCUCGGUCACUGUGCCGGAUAUGAUUACAUCAGUGGCGUUCACACCUGAUGGGAAAACAUGUAUAGCCGGCACCCUCGGGGGCCUUUGCAUGUUCUACGACACUGAAGGAUUAAAGUGGCAGGCCCAACUUCACGUAAAGUCGACCCGCGGACAGAAUGCAAAAGGUAGUAAAAUCACUGGAAUACAAGCAGCAUAUUGGCCUCCAGGUAGCGAAAGUGGUGAAAUCAAGCUACUGGUUUCGAGCAACGAUUCGAGGUUGCGCAUUUACAACAUGAAGGACAAAACCUUGGAAAUGAAGUUCCGUGGUCAUGAAAACAACUGCAGUCAGAUUCGAGCUACGUUUGCCGAUAGUAGUGGGCAUAUUAUAUGUGGAAGCGAGGAUCGGAAAACAUACAUCUGGUCGACUACCGCCACGGCUGAAGGCGAGAAAAGGAACCAGCGUCCGGUGGAGAUGUUCGAAGCACAUAAUUCGAUCACGACGUGCACUGUCAUUGCUCCCGUUCACACUAGGCAAUUGCUUAGCGCCUCAGAAGAUCCCAUCUUCGACCUCUGCAAUCCACCACCAGUCACGCUAGUAUCGAAAGCUGAAUCUGUCAUUUCGUCAAGAGCACCCACGGAGGGGGGGUCCACACACCCAACACCUGCGCCUACGGAUACCCAUUUCAAAAAAGCUGCAGGAAGCCCAGCAUAUAUUGAGCGCUCGGCACAUCGAGGUGGCAACAUCAUUGUUACAGCAGACUACACGGGUGCACUCAAGGUAUUCAGACAAGAUUGUGCUCACCAAAAACGCAUACGAAUGAGCGAGCAAUGGGACACUGCUUCCAUGAAGAGAGCGUCAGGUAUUGGACGGCCCAGCAGUAUAAUCUCCCGAACUAGUCGAUCACGGCGAGAUAGUGUAUCUACACAACCACCAAAUGACCGCAUUAUGACAUGGCGACAAGGCAUAUCACACGGUAGUCUAGACUCGACUAACUCCCUUCCUCGUCGCAGCGCCUCACCCCGAAAGUCGCUAGCCGCCAUGAGCUUUCACUCAACACCACACGAGUCUCCUGUCCUUCAACCUACCAAAACCAACGACACCUUCGACACCAAGCCUACUGGUACACCAAAAACAUCCGUAUCUAUAGACCGUACUACCACAUCUCUACGAAGCACUUCAUACUCUGAAGCCUCGUCCCCUCUCAAGGAACCACCGACUGCUGCAGCAGAUGACGGGGCAGCCCAGCGUUCUCGUAACCCUCUCGCCGUGUACAACGGUCAAAGCUGGCUUUUCUGGACAAGUCGCGAUAAGAGUGCAUUGACAGCUGGGAAUGCGAGAGACGAGGAGAGACCAGAGCUGCUUGGUCGUAUGAGCACGAUUAGUCAGAUUAGUAGGCUGACAGAUGAGCGGAGUGAUGAAGGAAGGGAAAAUGGCACUUGA